AUAAAACCAAACUUUUUCUGGGAAUUAUCCAAAAGUAGGAGUAACUCUACCAGGCUGCCAGCUGAGGCUUCUGGUUUAUUAGUUGGAACUUGGAGUUCUGAUGUAGACAAAUAAACAAACACAUAGAUGCAUAUAGAUACUCCUCAUUCAGGAAAUUUAUCGAACAGGUCUCACAGAUUACAUUUUGGGGUUCAUUCCCGAGAAAGGGUCACUAGACUGAAUUGUCAGAACAACGGAAUAUGACAUCUCGAGGUGCUGCGGUAACUAAUCUGGCAAUCUUUUGGCGUUUCAAAAGUCAAAGGGAAAAGACUCGAGAAGUGGUGCUUAAGUUGUUUGAUUCUCGUUUCAGAAAUUCAGGUAAAGAGGCAAACAGUAUUUUGGUAGUAUAAUGCAGCAAGGUGCAAGUUUGUUGAUGAGUGAACGUCAAAGAUUGGCUGAACUAUUAAGAAAAUGCUCCAAGAAUUUUUUGUAUGAUCAGGGGAAGGAAGUUCAUGGAGCUGUAGUGAGAAAGGGUUAUGGGUUGGAUUUGAUGAUCAACAACGACAUCAUAGAUCUGUAUGGAAAAUGUGGUAGGAUUGAAUUCGCGCGCGCUGUGUUUGAUAGAAUGCCUGAUAGGAAUGUUGUCUCUUGGACAGCAUUGAUGUGUGGGUAUUUGCAAGAGGGUGAUGCCAGACGACCCUUAUUGCUCUUGCGUGAAAUGGGACUUUCAAGCGUUAAGCCUAAUGAAUUUACUUUCUCGACAAAUUUUAAGGCAUGUGGAAUUCUGGGUGCUCUGGUAAACGGGAAGCAGAUUCAUAGUUUGUGUAGUAAAAGAGGAUAUGAGUGGUAUCCUGUGGUUGGGAAUUCGAUCAUUGAUAUGUACUCGAGAAGUGGACAAAUAUCUGAUGCUGAAUAUUUGUUUCAUGUUAUGCCUAUCAGAAGUCUAAUAAGUUGGAAUGUGAUGAUAGCUGGUUAUGCCCUAGAAGGGGAGGGUGCGAAGUCUCUGCUGUUGUUCAAAAAGAUGCAAAAACUGGGAGAAAUACCAGAUGAAUACACAUUCACAAGCACAUUAAAAGCUUGUACUGUUUCUGGAGCCAUCCUUGAGGGAACUCAAAUCCAUGCUUUUCUAACCGUGAGAGGAAUCCCUUUUCUUAACCAGAAAAUCGUUUCAGGGUCUCUAAUUGAUUUGUAUGUCAAAUGUGGACGUUUAUUUGAAGCGCAUAAGGUGUUUAAUGACGUUGAACUGAAGAGUGUGAUAUCUUGGACAGCGCUAAUAAUAGGAUAUGCUCAGGAAGUGAAUCUAUCUGUGGCCCUGGACUUGUUCAGAGAGCUCCGGAAUAGUAGUAUUCCUGUUGAUGGGUUUGUAGUCUCAAGCAUGAUGGGCGUCUUUGCAGAUUUUGCUCUUGUAGAGCUGGGAAAGCAAAUGCAUGCAUAUGCAGAAAAGAAACCUACCCGUACAGACAUUUCUGUAGCCAAUUCAAUUCUUGAUAUGUAUCUCAAAUGUGGCCUGAUAGGAGAAGCUGAAAGGUAUUUUUGUGAUAUGCUGGCAAAAAAUGUCAUUUCCUGGACAGUUAUGAUCACGGGAUACGGAAAGCAUGGUCUUGGUACCGAAGCUAUUCAUCUAUUCAAGAGAAUGCAGUCGGAAAAUGUUGAGCCCGAUGCAGUGGCUUACUUGGCUAUACUCUCAGCUUGUAGCCAUGCUGGACUUGUUGAAGAAGGCCAAGAAUACUUCAGAAGAUUUUGUAAUGAUCAUCGACUAAAACGUAGGGUAGAGCACUAUGCUUGCAUGGCUGAUAUCCUAGGUCGAGCUGGACGUUUGAGAGAAGCAAAACAUCUCAUUGAGAACAUGCCUCUAAAACCAAAUAUAGGCAUAUGGCAGACAUUGCUUAGUGCUUGCAGAGUUCAUAGAGAUGUUGAGAUUGGAAGAGAAGUAGGCGAAAUCCUCUUGAGACUGGACAGUGACAAUCCAGUUAAUUAUGUCAUGAUGUCAAAUAUUUUUGCUGAUGCUUGUUGCUGGAAAGAGUGCGAGAAAUUAAGAGGAAUAGUGAAGGCAAAAGGCCUGAAGAAAGAAGCUGGACGUAGUUGGGUUGAAAUUGAUAAACAGAUCCACUUCUUCUAUAACGGAGAUGAUGCACACCCACUUUUUGAAAGCAUCCAUGAUAUUCUGAAAGAAAUGGAGAAAAGAAUGAAAGAAGAGAUAGGUUAUGCAUAUGACACAAGUUUUUCAUUGCACGAUGUUGAAGAGGAGUCAAAGCAAGAAGGAUUGAGACUUCACAGUGAGAAGUUGGCCAUUGGACUGGCUCUGGUUUGUGGUGGACUAGAUGACGAAAAGCCAAUUCGAAUUUUCAAAAACUUGAGGGUUUGUGGGGAUUGUCAUGAAUUUAUUAAGGGUCUGUCAAUGAUUUUGAACAAGGUGUUUCUGGUUAGAGAUGCCAAUAGGUUCCAUAAGUUUGAAAAUGGAAUCUGUUCUUGUAAAGAUUACUGGUAAUCAGAAAGAUGAAAUACAAUAGACAGAAAUACAGCUUAAAGAAAGGACUUCCAGAAGAACCGAAAAGAGGUUCCCCACAGGAUAAAAUAGAGUUUGGCUGAUUAUUGAUGUUAGAACAGGCUCCAUUCUCCAAAUUUGGAGAUAUCCAUUGAUACUUUAUCUGUUGUCCCUUAUGAAAGAUUUUUGUGAAUUCUCCUCCUAGCUCCAUUGCUUUCAGUCCAUAUGACGUCUUGUCUUUCAGUAAAAGAAAGUAUUGAACAAUCCAGUGCAAUCAGAGUCAGCUCCAAAGGUAGAUAAAUCCCUGGGAAGAAAGACAGUGCCGUACUUCCCAUAUGAAUAGAUGAAUUCUGCUGCCAAAGGUGAGUCGUAUGAACUAAAAAGCCUCACUACAAUUGAUGCAGAACAGAGCAAUGAGGAUAAAUGAAUUAUCUUCCAAGUAUAUAUUUGAAGCAAUGAAUCUGAGAUAUGUUAUUUUUGGGGUAAUCCAUUUUGAAAUGAAACAGAUCAUUAGAUUCACAGCUGAUCUGCGACUACAGAGAGUCCAUGGAUCAUUCUUCCAAUUUGCAGCAUUCCACGUCUCUUAUUUUUUCAAAAGGAAAUUAUGGUAAAUUGUCUUAUCUAUCACAAGCAAUGCUAGUUCCACUGAUGCUGUGAAAACACUUGGCCAACAUUGAUGCCAAUUACGGGGAAGAGACAGUUGUGCUUUUUCUAAUAUUGUUUAAACAUUAGCAGGCAUGUCCUUAAUUAUCAGUUUAUUAUGGUUUUCUGAGCCAUGCAAUGGCAGCUUUAACAAGUUUUUACCUUCUAUACGACCUGUGUGUGUUAAUCUCAUGUCAAUCAAGAUUUUUUCCCCUAUCAAAAGCACAAAGUUACUAAAUUCCAACUUUUGGCUUUGCGGUGCUCAAUUUCAGCCUUGAACUACUGAGGCGGGUAUAUCAUCAGAUAUGCUGCAGUCGAAAUCACAAGCGCUAUAAAUGAUGUGUCCUCCAUAAGCUCCAGCUCCAACAUCUCAGGAAACACCAGCAUUGAGGAAGCAGAACAGGAUUUCAAGUCGGAACUUCACCUCAGCCUCGUAGCUCUCAAAUGCUAGGUUAGCCAUAUGCCCACAAAUUUUGGACUGGUACGUGAGGCAGUUGACAAGAAUUUCUAUGGCGAAGAGAUAAUCAGUCACCAGAGAACAUUCCAUUUUAGGUGGCCAGAAAAUGGGAUGCUAACCUUGCAGCUGCCACUACUCAGCGGUUUAGAUAUCCUUGUGGAAGCCACCGCAUUGUCAUUGUGUGCUGUGACCUUUUCCACCUGUGCCAGCGUACUCUUCAAGCACUUAGGUGGUAAAAGCACAUUAUAGGUACAAGAACUUUGCAGUAAAUGAUUGGUAGAUGAAAAAACAAAAAAUAAAAAAAAGCAAGCUCUUAGAAAUCGAGAGGUUGAUUGGUACAAGAACAUCCUUCGGGUUGUAUGCGUUUAGGCAAAUUACUUUCUAAAGACAGUGUACUUCACUCGCAGAACAGCAGAGACGCAGGGUAAUAAAGAACUGGAUGCUUUAAAA